GCUCGAGUAGGUUGAAUGGUUUUGUUGAACGAAGCAAGAGGCUGGUCAGGAAAAGGCGCGAAGCCCACUCAUAAAGAAGCUUUUGCGCGGGGGCUCAUGAGAGGCGCUUUGGACUCGUCCGGACGCCUGGAUCGGUUUUGUCGCCGCGCAUCUUUUGCAAGCGCCGCGCCGCGAGCAGCAUGGAAUGCAAGCUGGAGGCGCACCGCAUCGUCAGCAUCUCACUGGGCAAGAUGUACAGCGCGCGGGGCCAGCGCGGCGGGGCGAAGCUGCACAAGAACCUGCUGGUGUCGUUGGUCCUGCGCAGCGCCCGGCAAGUCUACCUGAGCGACCUGGAGUGCUCCGCCGGCGCAGACCCCCUCCGGGCUGCAGAGCCCUCCCCGCUGCCGCCGCCCGUCUUUCCUUCCCCUUCUCCUCCCCGGGGCUUUUUGCAGGCAGAGCCCCGGGCUUCUGCAUUGCCCGGGCGGCUCCCUCUGGACCGGGAGGCGCUGCGGUUGCCCCGCUGCUGCGGCUGCUGCUGCUCUGCUUUAUCGGGCGGCGAGGCGGGCAACCGGCCGGCGGAGGCGCCUUCUCCUCCCUACUGCCCUAGGAAGCGGAGCGCCGCGGGGACUGGCGAAGCAGCGGGCGCGAUCGGGGGCUCUCCGUUGAAGAAGCCCCGCCGAGAGGAGGAGGCGCCCGAGGAGGACAUGGAGACGGGCAACGUGGCCAACCUCAUCAGCAUCUUCGGCUCCGGCUUCUCGGGACUGCUCAGCAAAAAGCCGGCCAGCGGCGGCCGGGUGCGGCGGAGGAGGCAAGAGACGGAGGAAGGCGCGGAGGAGGCGAAGGCAGCCGUGCCGCCCGAGGCUGAGCCCGGGCAGAUCUGCUGCGACGAGUCGAUGCUUCGCAACCUCAACCCUUGGAGCACGGCGAUCGUUGCUUUCUGAACUGCGGGGCGGGUGGAGGACGCCAACCCGGAGCAAGGCUUGCUCCCACUCUGGACAGCGCUGGUUGGUGCCAGGUGGAAGCAAGGACUCCUGCGCGCCUUGCAAGUUUCCUUUGCGGUGCAGGAGUGUGGGUUGGGUGGGCGUCUCUUGCAGUGGGACUGAAGCAGGGCAGGAUCCAGCACUUCACAUUCUUUUUGCUUUUUCUCCCGUCCGACUUUGGCUGCUGCUUUAGCAGCCUGCAUGACAACAUUUCGUUUGAGACUCCUGCUUGGAAUUGUUCUUUUUAACCUCCUUCUGUUUGAACAUCUCGUGGCGAAAGCUGUUGUGAAGGUCAUACCCUUGUUCCCAUGCCAGGCAGAGCAUGCCCCCACCCCCCAGCGUUAAAAAAGGUUGGCGUACCUUUAUAGCGGCAUUUGGGGAAGAGGGACACGAGCCUAAAUCGUUAUUGGGUUGAAUUGUUAUGGUGCUGUUAAGAUGGAUUUUUUUUUUUAAAAAAAGAGCGUUUACAGAUCUAUGAUUUUAAACUUUUCUGGGGCUUUUGAGAACUCCCGGCCUUUGUUGUAUAAAGGUUUUUGGGAGAGAGGGUCUGUACAGUAUUCUUUUUCUGGUUUGUGUGUGUUUUUGUAUGAAAAUGUAACUCUACGUGUACAACACGUAUUAAA